AUGCCGCGUCUGACGGAGGAGCUCAUUCGAAAGCGCGCAGAGCACAAUGAGGGCGUACUCUCUGAUUUGGAAGAGAUCGCGCUGCACCAGCAGGAGAUCGAGGGCAUCGAAAGCCUUGAGGCUUGCUGUAGACAUCUCAAGAUCUUGCUUCUGCAGAACAACAUCAUCCCCAAGAUGGAAGGCUUGAAUAAGUUGAAGGAGCUGGAAUAUCUCAAUCUGGCUCUCAACAACAUCUCAAAGAUCGAGGGGGUGGAUGGAUGUGAAUCUCUGAAGAAGUUAGACCUGACGGUGAACUUUGUCACCGCAGAGGACUUGGAGGAGAGUAUCUACAAUCUGAAGGCCAACAUGAUGUUGGAGGACCUAUACCUGACUGGCAACCCCUGCGCCGAUUGGUCAGGUUGCCGAGCGUAUGUUGUUGCCCAUCUGCCGCAACUAAAGCAGCUGGAUGCAAAGCUUAUCGUGCCCCGGGAGCGGAUCAAAGCUCGGCAGCAGCUCCCAAGGUUGCAACAAGAGCUCGAGGGCUUGGCAGAGGAAGCCCGUCACAAGCGGCUGCGGGAACUGGGCCAACCUGUGGAUGAAGGGGCAUACACCAAGGAGAGCCGCAACGAGAUGUACUUGGAGCUCGCUGAGCAGAAGGCCGAGAAGGAGCGGAACGAACGUCGGAGAAUGGGUGCUGAGCCCAAAGAGCCGCGAGUCGUGCCUGGCGUCUACAACGCCCGUGGGGAAAUCCGGCAGUGCAACGAGGGCAAGUACAAUUUCGAUCUGGACGACUGGACUCACCCAGACAAGAUCGUCUUUGAGCUUGGUGUUCCAAAGUAUCUGGAUACCUCGGCGCUGGAUGUGGAUGUGAACCCGUCAUACGUUCGAGUGGUUGUCAAGGACAAGGUCACUCAGCUGAAGUUUUCAGCCGAGGUGAGACCAGAUGCUUGCAAAGUGCAGCGGUCGCGGACGACAGGUGUACUCCGCAUUGACAUGCCGCUGCUGCAGCCCCACCAGGCCAAGGACCCGAAGGCGCCGGCGCAGCCAGAGCUCGAGCCACUGAAGCCGGCCACGGAGCCGACGCCAGCUAGGGGCGGACGCGGGGGCUACCUUGCAGGCGACUCGGAGUCUCAAAAGUCAAAGACCGUCUCUAUUCAAGGCAUCUAUCAAGAUCCUCGCAGAGUGGCUCCAAAGAAGCAGCAAGAUUCCCUCAUGAGAGAGGUAAAGACCACGCGCGCGCCGCACGUGGCCUCCACCACAGAGGACGACGACGACGAUGAUGUCCCUCCUCUGGAAGUGCGUGGAUAG